AAAAGGUUGAAAGCCUGCAGUACACGCGGCGCUGCGACGUGUCUACAUAAACACAGCACUAGCGCGCAGCCAACAAUGCAGGCCGGCCGUCGCUAGCCAUCUUCCAAGAAUGGCGCCGCACCAUCUUGCCCUCCUCCUGCUCGCCGUGCUGCUCCGGGCGGCGGCCACGGCCGACCCGGACGCAGUGCAGGACUUCUGCGUGCCGGACGCCGGCCCCGGCCGGCCGGUGGAGCUCAACCUGAUCCGCUCCUACCCGUGCAGGAGCCCGGGCAACGUCACCGCGGGCGACUUCGCCUUCUCCGGCGUGCGCGCGGCGGGCAACUUCUCGGCGGACACGGGGUUCGCGGGGGUGUCGGUCACGCCGGCGCAGUUCCCGGGGCUGCACACCCUGGGCAUGUCCUUCGCCCGCGCCGACCUCUCGGCGGCCGGCGGCGUCAACCCGCCGCACUACCACCCGCGCGCCACCGAGACGGCGCUCGUCCUCGCCGGCCGCGUCUACGCCGGGUUCGUCGACACGGCCGGCCGCCUCUUCGCCAAGGUGCUCGUGGAGGGGGAGGUCAUGGUGUUCCCCCGCGGCAUGGUGCACUUCCAGCUCAACGUCGGCGACCAGCCGGCCACCGUCUACGGCACCUUCAACAGCGAGAACCCCGGGAUCGUGCGCAUCCCGGCCACCGUGUUCGGGUCAGGGAUCAGGGGCGCCGUCCUUGAGAGGGCCUUCGGGCUCACCGCAGAGGAGCUCCGGCGGAUCGAGAAGAGGUUCGGCGUGCCCAAGAAGGCCGACGAGCUGGAGGACUAGCUAGUUAAUUCGUUUAUUAGUGAUGGCUGAUGAGUACUUGGUUCGUUGCUGGUCGGCCAUGGCCGCAUGUGCAUGAUUAGUCGACAGGUAGACUCUUGUGGGUUGAGAGUAUGGGCGAUACUUAUUUCUUUUCCAUUUGAUUAAUAUAUAUACUUAUGGAUUUAA